UGCUACAGUAAUUACGGUAUUGUAGCAUUAUGGGGUUGGUGAGAGCUGCAUGUGUGGUUCUUUUUAGAAGCAUUGCUCUUACUACCAUGGCUCAGCACAAAUUCAUUGAUAUCGGUGUGAACCUGACAGAUCCCAUGUUCAGAGGACUGUACAGAGGGAAGCAGAAACACGAUGAUGACUUCAAUCAGAUCAUUGACAGAGCUCUUAAAACUGGAGUUGAAAAGUUUAUGAUCACAGGAGGAAGCCUUGAAGACAGCAGGGAGGCCCUGAGACUAGCUGAGAGCAGAGAGGAGUUCUACUGCACGGUCGGCUGCCAUCCCACCCGCUGCAGCGAGUUUGAGCAGAACGGAGAAUCCCAGUACUUCUCUGGGCUGAGGGAGCUGGCAGCAGCCCACAGAGGAAAGGUGGUGGCCAUCGGAGAGUGUGGGCUGGAUUUUGACAGGUUGGAGUUUUGCCCAAAAGACACUCAGCUCAAAUACUUUGAGAAGCAGUUUGACCUGGCAGAGGAGACCAAGCUGCCCAUGUUCCUCCACUGCAGAAACUCCCAUCAAGAGUUCAUUGACAUCAUGAAGAGAAAUCGAGACCGGUGUGUUGGAGGAGUGGUCCACUCAUUUGAUGGGACAGCAGAGGACGCUGCUGCGCUCAUUGACCUGGACCUUUAUAUUGGAAUAAAUGGAUGUUCUUUGAAAACUGAGGCCAAUAUUGAAGCUAUGAAGUCCAUUCCCUCUGAGAGGCUCAUGAUAGAAACAGAUGCUCCGUGGUGUGGUGUGAAGAACACUCACGCAGGCUCCAAAUAUAUUAAAACUACAUUUCCCACAAAGAAGAAAUGGGAGGCGGGGCACUGUCUAAAAGACAGGAAUGAGCCCUGUCACAUCAUACAAGUUUUAGAGGUGAUGGCAGCAGCGAGGGAAGAGGACCCACAGGAGCUGGCUAACACCAUCUACAACAACACCAUCAGAGUCUUCUUCAGCUCGAGCUGAUGACAGAUCAGAUUAAAUCUUCACAAGACCGACUGAUGAGGCCUUAUUUUACUUUUCGACCUGAUGAAUGUGUGUGUGUGUGUGUGUGUGUGUGUGUGAAUGAUGGGUCCAGAGUUAAAACUCCCCCCCGUGCCUAAUUUGAAAAGUCAAAUAAACCUGGUAAUCAGUCCUCUAAAAUACAGAAUCACAGUUUGUCAGUUAAUGGAUUAUUCAGUCAACACAAAAUAAACUGAUUUGCGAUUUUUA